GUGUGUCCCUGCUCGCUGGCGGUCUGUGUGUUUGGGACAGUGAAAAGGAGAUAUCUUGAGACACCGGGUAGGAAAGGCAGUGGAAGACUCUUUAGCGUUGAACGGAGCUCUACACUUGGGACUUGGUGCCUAAGCACCACACACACACCUUCAUAUACACAUUACGGAGACGGUGUGUGUGUGAGAGAGAUGUCAAGACGUUCUCCUCUCCUGGGAGAGCAGUAACAGUUUGGUUACCCCCGGGGGGGUUUUAACUGUGCGAUUGUCACUGGUGAUCGUUGCUUGGGUCAUCACCGUCGCCGGGUGCGUUGCCAGGUGUGUUGCCACGGCGGCACCAUGCUGAGGUGUGUUAUCCAACGGGCCAGCAAUCUGCGGGAGAAGGAUGGUCGCCUUAGUGACCCUCUGUGUGGCGUCAUCUUCAGAGGAUCGAAAAAGAAGACAAAAGUCAUCAAGAAUAACAUAAACCCUGUCUGGAAUGAGGGUUUUGAGUGGGACCUGAAGGGAAUACCUCUGGAUUCAGGAGCUGAGCUUCAUUUGGUGGUCAAGGAUCACGAGAAGAUGGGGAGGAACAGGUUCCUGGGGGAGAGUCGAGUGGCUCUCAGGGACAUCCUCAACUCCUCUAACCUGGCUGCUAGCUUCACUGUGUCCCUACUGGAUACCAAGAGGAACAAUACUGGGGCCACACUGAGCCUGCAGGUUUCCUACAUCCCUCCCCCAGGAAUGACUCCUUUCUUCCAGCCUCCUCCUCAGCCAGAGGCCCGGGAGAAACCUGUGGAGCUGGACACUGUCACAGUCUUCUCAUUGGACACCAUGGGUGAGGAGGACACAGAGAGCAUGUUGAUGAUGGAGCAGACAGAUGACCCAGACACCGGGAGUCACCAGGGACCCCAUCAGGGGGGCCAGGGCGGCCAAGAGACCCCCACAGCCCAGACCCCUAAACGGGCCCCCCCUAACUACACCCCUGGAGUGAAGAGAAAGAAGAGGCAGCAGGGUAACAAGGCACCACUCCCAAACAAACCACAGGACCUGCAGGUGCGCGUUCGAGUCAUCGAAGGCCGACAGUUGCCGGGCAUCAACAUCAAGCCGGUCGUCAAGGUUACUGUUGGUGGGCAGUCCAAGAGGACUCGCAUCAGGAAAGGAAACAACCCCGUGUUUGAUGAGACUUUCUUUCUGAACUUCUUUGAGAGUCCGUCAGACCUCUUCGAUGAGCCCAUCUUCAUUACUGUUUUUAACUCCAUGUCGCUGCGAACUGACUCGGUGAUUGGAGAAUUCAAGCUUGAUGUUGGCACGGUGUACAACGAGAGCAGACACGCCUUCUUGAGGAAGUGGCUCCUCCUCUCUGACCCUGACGACCUCUCGGCCGGGGCCAAAGGUUACCUGAAGGUCAGCCUCUUCGUAUUGGCUGCAGGCGACGAAGCUCCAGUGGAUAAGAAGGAGGGAGUGGUGGAUAAGGAGGAUAUAGAGGGGAACCUGUUGCGUCCUGCUGGACUCACACUCAGAGGAGCCAUCUUCACACUUAAAGUAUUCAGAGCUGAGGACCUGCCUCAGAUGGACGAUGCCUUUAUGGAUGGGAUGAGACAGGUCCUGGGAUUCGACAGCAACAGGAAGAACCUGGUCGACCCCUUAGUUGAAGUCAACUUCGCUGGAAAAACGAUGUGCAGUAAGAUCAUGGAGAAGAAUGCCAACCCUCAGUGGAAUCAAAGCCUGGCCAUGCCCAUACGGUUCCCCUCCAUGUGUGAAAAGAUGAGGGUUCGUGUCCUGGACUGGGACCGAGCCAGCCACAAUGAUGUCAUCGGGACCGCCCAUCUCUGCAUGUCUAAGAUCUCUGCCCCGGGAGGAGCGAUAGAUGAUGAAUUGGUCCCAAGGAACCUUCAGAGUUUCAUGGAUGACAGUCUGGGUUUCCUGCCGACCUUUGGCCCCUGCUACGUCAACCUGUACGGAAGCCUCAGGGAGUUCACCGCCUUCAACGACCCCCACGAGGCUCUCAACUUGGGCAAGGGUGAGGGAGUAGCGUAUCGUGGUCGUGUUCUGAUGGAGCUCAGUACCAAGCUGGUGGACACGGUGCAGGCCAGUGUAGAAGACAUAACCAACGAUGACCUAUUGGUGGUACAGAAAUUCAUGCGUAAGAGAAAGUAUUCUCUCUUUGCGUCGUUCUACUCCGCCACGCUCCUCCAGGACGUUGACGACGCGAUACAGUUUGAGGUCAGCAUCGGUAACUACGGCAACAAGUUUGACUAUACCUGUCUUCCUCUGGCCUCAACGACGCAGUUCAGCCGAGCUGUGUUCGACGGUUGUCACUACUACUACCUCCCGUGGGGUAACGUGAAACCAGUGGUGGUCCUGUCUUCAGAGUGGGAGGACGUCAGGCCACGAAUAGAAGCACUCAACAUGAUACUGGCUAUGGUCGACCGACUGGAAUCUAACCUAAAGGAAGUCCAGUUGGAGCUGAAGUCAGGAAGUGACCUGGAGGAGGUUGAGCUAAAAGUGGUCAAUCUAUUGGAUCAGGUCAUCGCUGAUUGCAGGGUGGAGCUACCGUUGUUAGACGACUGGUCUUGUGUAACUCAGUUAGACCGUGCCCUCAGACACCUGAGACUGAAUAACCUACAGCAGAUAGAAGAGGCUGCCACAGCUCUGAAACAUGGACCAGCUACUGACCUGUCUACAGUACUGGACCAAGCUGAGGACUGGGCACUCAGGCUACACACCAUGGCUGAGGAGCCCCAGAACAGUCUACCAGACAUAGUGAUCUGGAUGCUACAGGGAGAUCGUAGAGUGGCAUACCAUCGUAUCCCUGCACACACUGUCCUCUUCUCACAGAGACACUGUGGCAAGCACUGUGGGGAGCUACAGACCGUCUUUCUGAAGUACCCACAAGGUGGAUCAGGAGACCGUAAGCUUCCGGCCCAGAUCAGAGUCAAGGUCUGGUUCGGUCUGGCUGCAGACGUAAAACACUUCAAUCAAUUUGCCGAAGGCAAACUGUCUGUGUUCGCUGAAACGUAUGAGAACCAGACUAAGCUGGCUCUGGUGGGUAGCUGGGGAACCACAGGUCUGACAUACCCCAAGUUCAGUGAUGUUACAGGCAGGGUGAAGUUACCCAAGGAGUCCUUCAAACCCUCACCGGGCUGGAGCUGGGCUGGGGAGUGGGUCAUCAGCCCAGAGAAGACGAUGCUGUACGAUACAGACGCAGGUCACAUGUCCUUCACAGAGGAGGUGUUUGAGAACCAGAUGAGGUUACCGGGGGGGCAGUGGAUCGGCAUGCCAGAAGGAUACACAGAUGUGAACGGGGAGAAGGCGGUGCCUAAAGACGAGGUCGAGUGUCCUCCGGGGUGGGUGUGGUCUGAUGAAGAGUGGAGCGAAGAUCUGAACAGGGCUGUGGACGACCAAGGGUGGGAGUACGGCCUGACUAUUCCCCCAGAUCGGAGGCCCAAGGCCUGGGUACCAGCCGAGAAGAUGUACCAUACCAACCGCCGUCGUCGCUGGAUACGCCUCAGACGCAGAGACAUGCAGAAGAUGGAGGCUCUGAGGAAGCAGCGACCAGAUGAAGCAGAGAGAGAGGGAUGGGAGUACGCAUCUCUGUUUGGAUGGAGGUUUCAUCUUAAACCCCGGAAGACCGACUCAUUCAGGAGGAGGAGAUGGAGAUGUCGUAUGGAACCACUGGAGAAGACGGGACCUGCUGCUAUCUUCGCCCUGGAGUGUUCACUGGGGAGUGUGACGGAGGAUAAGAGUGAUGAGAAAUCUGUGACGGCGACCUUUGGGGUCAACCGCCCUACCAUUUCCUGUCUCUUCCACAGUGGGACUCGCUACCACCUGCGCUGUUACCUGUACCAAGCCAGAGAGCUGCUAGCCAUGGACAAAGACAGCUUCUCAGAUUCCUAUGCCAUAGUUUCGUUCCUCCACCAGAGCCAGAAGACUGUGACUGUGCGUAACACGUUGAACCCCACCUGGGACCAGACACUCAUCUUCUACGAGGUGGAGGUGUUUGGAGAUGCUGAUGUGACAGAGAGAAGCCCUCCUAACGUCGUGGUGGAGCUGUACGAUCAGGAUACAUAUGGGGCAGAUGAGUUCAUGGGUCGCUGUGUGUGUCAGCCCUCCACGACUCCCUCCCCUCGUCUGGCCUGGUAUCCAAUCAGGAUGGGAGACAGGAGCGCAGGAGAACUACUGGCUGCCUUCGAACUCAUACGACGAGAGAAGCCCGCUGUUCAUCACAUCCCUGGACAGGAGGGAGACAUCCCCCCUCACAUUAUGGAUGAGGUCUUUCUCACUGGAUUCCUCUCAGAAAACCAGCAAUGGCCCAAGGAUUCCGACCUGCCGAACCCGCCCCCCCAGAGAGAACCCAACGUCUACAUGGUUCCUCAGGGGAUCAAACCUGUUCUACAACGUACUGCUGUAGAGAUCUUGGCAUGGGGAGUGCGUAACCUGAAGAGCUUCCAGCUAGCUAGCGUUACCUCUCCCAGCCUGCAGGUGGAAUGUGGAGGCAUCAUGGUUCAGUCCUGCGUCAUACGAUCUACAAAGAAGAAACCCAACUUCGACAUCAACACACUCUUAAUAGACGUGAGACUGCCCUGUGAGGAGCUUUAUAUGCCACCUAUCAUUCUGAAGAUCAUUGACAACAGACAGUUUGGGAGGAAGCCGGUGGUGGGACAGUGUACAAUCAGGAACCUGGAGGACUAUCGCUGUACCCCUGAGGAAGAGGGGGAGGAGGAAGAGGACGAGCUUGAGGAGGUUGUCCAGACGCCUCGUGACGAUGUUCUGAUCGACAUCGAUGACAAGGAACCCCUCAUCACCUCACAGUUUACGGACGGAACCAGUUCUGCAAUUAUUAACAUCUCUGGCUCCUCCAGCCAACAUCUGCUACAGUGGGAGGAGGAAGUGAUGGACUGGUGGUCUAAAUUCUAUGCUUCGACCGGAGAGACGAACAAGUGUGGAAACUACCUGGAGAAGGGAUGUGACACACUACAGGUGUAUGACAGGCCACUGGAGAAGACAGAGGGAUUUGAGAGUCUGUCAGACUUCUGCCAGACCUUCAAGCUGUACCGUGGGAGGAACCAGGACGAAGGAGAGGACCCUUCUAUAGUCGGAGAGUUCAAGGGUAUGUUCAAGAUCUAUUCUCUCCCAGAGGACCCCUCGACCUCCGCACCUCCCAGACAGUUCCGUCAGCUACCCUCCAACAGCAUCGAAGAGUGUCUGGUCAGAGUCUACAUCAUACAAGCCACCGGACUUCAACCUAAAGACGCCAACGGAAAGUGUGAUCCGUACGUGAAAAUCAGUCUGGGCAACAAGUCCAUCAACGACCAUGACAACUACCUACCUUGCACCCUGGACCCUGUGUUUGGAAAGUUGUUUGAGCUGUCCUGCUCCCUGCCCGUAGAGAAAGACCUAAGGAUCCAGUUGUAUGAUUAUGACAUGUUGACUAAAGACGAGAAGAUCGGAGAGACCGUUAUUGAUCUGGAGAACAGAUUCCUGUCCCGCUACGGAGCGUGCUGUGGCUUACCCCAGUCCUACUGCCUAUCUGGUGUGAACCGGUGGAGAGACCAGUUGAAACCAUCUCAGCUGCUAGUCAGACUAUGUGAGAGGAGGUACUACAGGAGACCUGUCUAUAAACAGGACAGAGUCUUCUUCAGAGGACGGGAAUACACUGCUGCUGACUUGG